UCACCUUUCAUCCCCAAACCUUAUGUGCCCUAGCUCUUACCACUUGAGCUAACCCUGUGGACUCUUUAUAUUUGCUAGCUUGUAAUGUGAGGACUGCCCUUUAUAAUAAGUUAGGCCUAACCUAAUUUUAAGAUUGUAUUAGAAUCUUUCCUAAAUUUGUUUAUUGGGGUACUUGUAGAUGUCCAAACUUUUCAUGCUUCGGAUGUGUAGACUUUGUUUGUUGUGAGGGGGUGUGUUGAGAGAUCUUUCAUUCACUAGAGAUAUGGCCAUAUAAUUCUAGAGCAAUCUUCACCUCUGAGCUAACUUUUGGAUAGAGUUAGGUCUAACCUGAAUUGUAAGAUGGUAUUUCUGCGUAGAUCUGUUUAUUUGAGCCACUCAUACAUGAGUAACUAGUAGAUGUCCAAUUCAAUGGUCUAGAUGUCUAGUCCUGGGCAUGAGGAGUGUGGUAAAGUCUCACAUCGGCUAGAGCGAGGAGGAUCGGAAAUGGUUUAUGGAAGCAAUGCAAGCACAGACCAUUGAUGUUGUGAAACGUAUGAAAGAGAUCACACUUGUAAUGCAAACUCCACAGCAAGUCUUGGAAGAUCAAGGAGUUACCCCUGCAGAUAUUGAAGAUCUGUUGGAUGAAUUGCAAGAGCAUGUUGAGUCGAUUGAUAUGGCCAAUGAUCUCCACACAAUUGGUGGGUUGGUUCCUCUCCUUGGUCACCUCAAGAAUUCUCAUGCAAAUAUUCGAGCAAAGGCCGCAGAUGUUGUGACCACAAUAGUCCAGAAUAAUCCUCGAAGUCAGCAACUUGUUAUGGAAGCGAAUGGAUUUGAACCUCUUUUUUCUAAUUUCAGUUCAGAUCCUGAUGUUAAUGCUCGAACUAAGGCCCUGGGUGCAAUAUCUUCACUAAUCCGGCACAACAAACCAGGCAUCACUGCAUUCCGUCUAGCAAAUGGUUAUGCAGCCCUCAAAGAUGCACUAAGCUCUGGAAAUGUGAGAUUUCAAAGGAAAGCUCUCACCUUGAUCCAUUAUCUAUUGCAUGAGAAUAGUUCAGAUUGCCACAUUGCGAAUGAGCUCGGGUUUCCUCGUAUACUGAUGCACCUUGCCUCUAGUGAAGAUGCAGAUGUCCGAGAAGCUGCCCUACAAGGCCUUCUUGAACUGAAUCACAAUACGAAAGAUGUUUCUGCAGAGGAUACUGAGAAAAUGAAGCAACUUCUUCAAGAACGAAUUAACAGUAUCAGUUUACUGUCAGAGGAGGACCUUGGGGCUUCUAGGGAGGAGAGGCAGCUUGUGGACUCUCUUUGGGUCACUUGCUUCAAUGAACCGUCUUCUCUUAGAGAGAAAGGUCUUCUUGUGCUUCCUGGGGAAGAUGCACCACCUCCUGAUGUUGCUAGCAAACAUUUUGAGCCUCCUCUUAGGUCUUGGGCUAGUAGUAACCAAUCUUCCAAGAAGGAGUCCGACAAUGAAAAGAAAGAUGCCCCUUUACUUUUAGGGCUAGGUCCUUCAUCUGCAGACACUAACAAUCAAGUUAAUUCGAGUAGAGAGGGGGAUGCUAGUCCGCAGACAGAUGCUACUAGAUGAAAGCUUUAAUGUUGUCUAAUCUGUUUUCUUUUCUGUGUAUGAGAUUGUUAGCUUACUUUUUAUAUUACUAUACAAUUGUUCCCUUUUUCCCUAUCAUAAUAUUGCAGCUCAUAGAUUGGUCUUUA